AGGACGAUGUCAGAGCCAAAAUGGAGGACAUGAGCCGCGAGUGUGUUCACCUCAAUCACACCAGAGACAAACUCGAGGCCGACUCUAAUCUCAGCCGUGAAACACUGCGAACUUGUCACUUGGAGGUGCAAAGCAGAGAUCAGCUCAUUCUUCAGCUGAGAUCGGAAAUGAGGACGACAGCAAAGACGCAUCGGGAGGAGCAGCAGCAGUUUGCAGCCUCGGUGGAGAAGUCACAAGAGCAGCAAAUGGAGCUGGAGCUCCUCCGCCAGCAGGUGGAAGGAGCCAGGGAGGAAUUAAGAGAAGCCCGUUUGCGGGCAGAGGAGCCAAAAGAAACGGCUGCCAUUUUUAAACGCAAGUACACCGCCGCAAUGGAGAAAGUACACCAGGUGCAAGGGCAGGUGGAACAUCUGAAGGAGGAGCUGCAAUAUUCCCAGCAACAGCUGAAGGAGUCCCAACUUGCCACUCAUUCAGUGGAAGAUGAGCUUUCGGAGCUAAAGCGGCGCCACCAAGAAAAGGUCGGCCAAUGGGAGAGCUCGCAGGAGGCGCUGGACCAGUUGACAGACGAGCUCCAGGUCAGUCACAACCUGCUGACGGAGAGCCAGCAGCAGGCCGAGCACUUCAGGAGCCUCGCGUGUGGCCUGCAGGAGCAAGUGGACGCGGUCAAGCAGCAGAAAGUCAUGUUGGAGUGUGACCUGCGACUUUAUCAGCGGAGUCACUCCCACGCUGACGAGGACUACUUCAGCUUACAAAGUCGUGCUCAGAAGCUGCAGAAGCGCUGCAGUGAGCAGGUGGAGCGCCUGGUGGAGUGUGAAAAGGUUAUUCUACAGAUGAAAUCAGAGCUGGAGAGACAAAACCAGGAACAAGCGAGUCUGAAGCAAAGUCUCGUCGCAUCCUGCCGCGCGCACCUUAACAAGCGUGGACAGCUGGAACAGGAAGUGGAGCUUCGGAAAGAGGAAGUGGCAAGCUUACAGCUUGAGCUUGCUGACAGCCAAGAGGUGCACAUCACUCUCCUCCGGAAGUCAGCGGAGGAGCUCCAGGAAGCGCGGCAGGAAAGAGCGAACAGGAGCAGGGAGGCGCAAGCUCACAGGGAGGAAGUACAGCGAAUGGAGGAAGAAUCCCAAGAACGGGAGGAAAAGCUGAAGAGCACUCAGAGAGAGAAGCAGAGUCUGAGCAGUCGUGUCAAGAAGCUGAGUAAAGAGCUUGAGGAGCUGCAUUGCAAACAUCAGAGUACAGUGGAGGAGCUGGCAGCCUGCUCAAAGGAGGCAAAGUGCAUGAUGGCGUGUCUGAGUGAGGGGAAGCAAGCUCAGGACAAACUAAGCAACAUUGCUCUGCAGCUGGAGGCGCAGAUUGCAGAACACAAGAGGAACCUUGACCUGGCUGUAAAGGACAAAAAGGAUGCCGAAGCUAAGAUGGACACAUUGCAGUCCAAGCUGACGGUGUCCUGUUCUGACAACGCCAACAUUCGCCACGAGAGCCAGUUAAUGGUCUCAAAUCUCAAACAAUGGAUCACCGAGCAAAAAGUGUCCCAUGAGAACCUUGCAGAGCAGAUGAAGACCCAAAGCAAAGCGCUGCUUAAUGCCACUGAAGAGAAAAGGCACCUUCAGGAGGCUAAUGACACGUUGAAGGCGGAGGUGAAGCAACUGAAAGAGGUGGCGGAGGGGCGGGAGAGGGAGAUGGGACGCAUCAAGGAAGAACUGAAGGACCUGUGUGCACUGCAAGAUGGUACAACACUGGAAAAAGAGACUCGUGUGGCCUUGAAUUUGGGCAUACUGGCCGACAUGCAGACCAAGUUGCAGAACAACAUGGGCGCCGUCGGACUGCUGAAUCAACAAUUAACUGCCCUCAGUGAGGAGAACAAGCGUUUGCGUCGGCAGCUAGCAGAAGAGAAGUCCAAAGGCCGACAACCUCCAUCGGCCACACCAUUCCUCUGCUUGAAACAAGCAACGACGCACACUGGCUGCAUCUAAGACCCUAAGGUGAGCCCACCGACCAAGGCAAUAGACCCCGCCUCCUGUCCCGCCCCUUCUGAAUUCAGACCAGAGAGGGAUUGGCCCAAAUAAAACCUGCAGAACACUUUGACCUGUCACGGCUUUUUCACCUCAAGCUGCUCUCUGGGGGAAGGUGCUCAGUGAGAGGUUAACUUCCUGCAGGUCAAAGUCGUGUCCCUGGGUGCUCAUCGCCUUCAGGAAGGAAAAACUGAGUGAAUGUAGGAAGGAAAAUUUACUAAAACUCCCCAAAAAUAUAUUUUUUGUAUGAUAGCACCUUUUUUAGCCAUUUGAACUCCUCUAAUGUGCUCUUUUAAUGUCUUCAAUGUAAUUGUUGUUCUUUGAUGUUUCCCUCUUACAUGUGUGUAAAAGGGAUGUGUGCUAUGCCUAUGAGUAGUUUUUUUCUCUUGGCCUGAGUCUGGACCCCGUCUCCAGGGGCCCAGGAUUAGACCGAUUUUUUUUUUUCUCACCCCGCCCCAUUGUUUACCUCUAUCUCACCUUUUUUGUAAGGGGCGCCGGAUGUUGGCAGACCCGUCAGCGAUGCUGUUAUGUCUCCCUGUAACGUUUGUCUGAUCUUGAAUGGGAUUGUGCUCAAAAUUUAAAUGUCCCCUCCAAAACGGACAAGCGGUAGGAAAUGGAUGGAUGGAUGGAUUAAUAAAGUAUUUCUGAUUCUGAUUCUGAUGUUGCUAACACUUGGCAUGAUUAAAGACCUCCACUACCAAAAUGGAUACAUGGAUGAUACAGCAGAGGAUUGGGAGAAUGUCAUGUGGUCAGA